UUGCUAAAUCGGCAGAUGAGCUAUAAGCCAGUACCUUUGCAACAAAACUUGUGCAACACCAUGUCAGGAUCCAACUUACGCUUCAUGUCUGUGUAGUGUAUAUCUAAGAACAGGAACUGCAGACAUGAGGAAGUCCAUCAAAAAAGCAGAAUGCAAUUGCUACUCUCAAAUGGACAUUGGAGAAGUGAAGGUAGCAGAUGAUCAAGAUUUCCUGAACCUCAAGCAUUUGGUGGAGGAUGAACCAGGGUGGACACUUGAAUUUAACAAGGAAAACACAAAAGUGUGGACCAAACCAGCUCCAACCACAAGCUUCAAAAUGGUGAAGGUAAAUGCUAUAUUCUCCAAUGUCGACCCAGACGUUCUGUAUGAUGUGCUCCAUGAUCCAGAAUAUCGCAAGGUCUGGGACUCCCAUAUGAUUGAACAGCAGGACAUUGGCUCCCUCAACCCUAACAAUGACCUUGGCUAUUAUGCAAUGACUUGUCCAUCACCUGUUUCUAAAAGAGACUUCGUACUGCAACGGUCUUGGCUAGACACAGGGCAAGAAAAAUACAUCAUCAACCAUUCUGUGUUUCACAAAGGUUUCCCACCGCGGAAGGAUUUCAUUCGAGCUAAGUCCUACAUUACAGGGUUCUUAGUUCGCCCCUCCAAGAAUCAAGGAUGCUACUUGGACUAUGUGUCACAGUCUGACCCCUGUGGAAAGCUGCCCUCUGUCCUCGUCAACAAGCUUACGCAGAAAGUUGCACGAAAGAUGGUUGCAACGCUGCAAGAGGCAUGCCAGGGGUACCCUGAAUGGAAAAUGAAAAACAACCCAAACUGGAAACCAUGGCACAAUCCAGAACAAAUGACCAAGCCUCGUGUGAAGUUGGAAGAUUGCAAUCCAACACCUGCUGAUUUACAGUUUGCUGCAGAAGAAAUUGUUGGAGGAAAGUCAAGCAGUAGUCGGAAAAAAUGAAAGUAAUGUCUUCCGAUUUAUAAGAUACCUGCUAUCUCUUGGCAUCAUUUAAAUCCCAAUAUUAUGAUGUUACUUAAAUCUUGAGGUUUAUAUGUGUAGGGGGCCUACAUGCAAAUCACAGGGUCCAUGAAUGCAUUUUUUUUUUUUUGCCUGUCCCUUGCAUGCUUUGUUGAUAGCAAAUUUCUUUGCAAACAAUUAACCAUCAACCCAGCAAGACGUACUGUACUUCAUCUACAUCGUUGAGUGAUUUUGGGGCUUAAAAUUAAAUGAUUUACUACAAAUGUUAUCUGUGAUAAUAUAAUCUGUUAUCAUUUGGUGUAAACCUUCUAGAUCUCUUGAUCAGUUUUAUUCUGGUUUUCAUAUUUCAAAAUAGAAUGUGAAUUUAUGAGUCGUUGGUCUAUGAUAAGUGAGCCUGCUUGAUCUCAAAGAAAGGGCCGGCAGUUUUUGUGGUGGCGUGGCUCACAGAUUCACUUCAUCAACCAACUUUUUCUUUCAUUAGGUGAACUGCUCUACAUAUCAUCUUUGGACCUAGAAUUUCUCGUCUGAAUUACUAUCAAGUCUGUUCUCCUGCUCCUUCUUCCCCCUGUAAAGCUUAAGACUGUUGCUGCUUCCCCCCCCCCUUUUUUUUCCAAUUUUUCUUUCUAUUCUUGAUUGAAUAAAUUGGUUAAGCCUCCCUUUCGUGGGGCUAUCUCUUCCAAAAACUCAGGCAGUACUGUGGAGCAAUAGUUCACUCUGACCCUUUCAAUUAAAAAACUAAUUUAACAUUUAAAAAUCAAUUCUUGUCGUAUCUUCCUUUAUGUCAUAACUGUAUGCCGCUGUGUUCGAUAUGUUUGGUUUCGGGUGGUAAUUUUUCUAUUUUAGAUGUUAGCUGGCCAUCGGCCUAUUUCAGCUUUUUGAAAAAAUGCAAUGAAUCCUCAAUCGGCAGUAAUAAUAUGACAGCAAAUAAAUUACAGUUACAAAUUGAUUUUUGUUUCUAAUGUGAGGAAAGGACAAUCUCUCUUGUAUGUUUGUCAAAUUUCUGUGGACAUUUUUUGAUGAUUGUGUGCGGGAAAAUGAUGAAGGGAUAUGAUUAGUGAUUAUGCUCUGUGUUAUAAAGGAAGUACAAUACUUAAAAAUAACCGCCUUAAAAGGCCAACUUAUACUUAUUCAAACUUAGAGUAUUAAAUGGUUGUGCUAUUUUCUGCUCGAAAGGCAAUAUUCCAUAAACUGUUAUUACCUAGUCUGUGCUAAAGUGCAUCUCUAUUUACCCAGUAUUAUUUUCAAUGUACAUGUUUUGCUUUGGGGUCAAAGCCCAAUUUCUUUUCUCCUUAUGGAAGUGUUACAGAUGCCAUGUUAUAACCAGGUUAUUGAAAAAUAAAGAAAAUUUGGUACCAA